GUCACGAAGCAGCCUAGCAUGCUGGCUUCCGGUUGAAGCCACUGGGCGGUCGCUUUUCGCCUACGGUCGAACGUCAUUGGCUUGCAUGGAAGUCUGUUACUCCGGGUGUUCCCGCCCUCACCGGCCGUGUAGGUUGAGAGUCGUGGCUCGUAUUCCUGUUUUAGUGCUAAAUAAUAACAAAAAAAAUACCGUAACCAAAGGAGCGCGCACUGGAGCUACCGCCGCCCGCUGGUGACCGGAAAGAGUUUUACGGGUACAUAACACAUGGCAGCGGCAGCUCACCCGGAGAUGGCGUCGGACGUCCCCGCUCUUGGGGUCACCAUGGGCUCCGGAAAUCCUGGUUCGAGCACGCAGGCGGGGGGCUCCAUGGUGCAGCGAGUCAACAAACGUCGCUCAGGGUUGGAUUUUGAUGAUGAUGACGACGACGACUCCAGCAACAAAUUUCUCAGGUGUGACGAUGACCAGCUUCCCACCGACAAGGAGAGAUUUGCAAGGUCGGACGAUGAGCAGAGCUCAGCGGAUAAGGAAAGACUUGCAAGGGAGAACCACAGUGAGAUUGAGCGCAGACGGAGGAAUAAGAUGACAGCGUACAUCACAGAGCUGUCGGACAUGGUGCCCACCUGUAGCGCCCUUGCACGCAAACCAGACAAACUCACCAUACUGCGCAUGGCAGUGUCUCACAUGAAGUCUCUCCGCGGCACAGGGAACACUCCUACCGACGGCACCUACAAGCCCUCCUUCCUCACAGAUCAGGAGCUGAAACACCUGAUUUUAGAGGCAGCAGACGGAUUCCUGUUCGUGGUGUCCUGUGAAACGGGCAGGAUAGUUUACGUGUCGGACUCCGUAACCCCCGUCCUUAACCAGCCUCAGUCGGAGUGGUUCGGGAGCACCUUAUACGACCAGCUGCACCCCGAUGACGUGGACAAACUCCGAGAGCAGCUUUCCACCGCAGAAAAUGCGAUGACCGGCAGGAUACUGGAUCUGAAAACUGGUACAGUGAAGAAAGAGGGCCAGCAGUCAUCAAUGAGAAUGUGCAUGGGAUCCCGCAGAUCCUUCAUUUGUAGAAUGAGAUGUGGAAAUGCUCCUGUUGACCCGUCUGCAAUGAACCGGCUCAGCUUUAUGAGGAACAGGUGCAGGAACGGCCUGGGUCCAUCGAAAGACGGAGAGCCCCAGUUUGUGGUAGUGCAUUGUACUGGAUACAUCAAAGCCUGGCCGCCCGCAGGUGUCACUUUACCAGAAGACGAUCCAGAUGCUGGACAGAGCAGCAAGUAUUGCCUGGUAGCCAUCGGCAGGUUGCAGGUGACCAGUGCUCCCAACUGCACGGACAUGAAUAGCAUCUGCCAGCCCAUCGAGUUCAUCUCCCGACACAGUGUGGACGGCAUGUUCACCUUCGUGGAUCACAGGUGUGCGGCCACGGUUGGCUAUCAGCCUCAGGAACUCUUAGGGAAGGAUAUUGUUGAGUUUGCUCACCCAGAAGACCAGCAGCUUUUAAGGGACAGCUUCCAGCAGGUGGUGAAGUUAAAAGGCCAAGUUCUCUCUGUUAUGUUCCGAUUCCGGUCCAAGAACAGAGAGUGGCUACUGAUGAGAACCAGCUCUUUCACUUUCCAGAACCCGUACUCCGAUGAGAUAGAGUAUAUCAUCUGCACCAACACCAACGUAAAGAACUCUAACCAGGAAUCCCGACCAGCCCUCAGCAGCAACAUGCAGAGACCUUCUCUAGGGCACGGUGUCGCACACCCGUUGGAUAUGGGGGCAAGUCAGCUGGCAGCCAGGCAGCAGCCACCCCAAGCUCCACUGGAUGUUGUCCCCAACAGAGAUGCUAUGGCCACGUACAACCACACUCAGGUACCGGUGCAGUCUGUGGCAGCAGCAGUGCCAGAACACGGCAAACCUCUGGACAAGCCGGAUACUCUGUACGGACAGGAGAGAGACCCCAGAUUUGCUGAAAUUUACAACAGCAUCAAUCCAGACCAGAACAAAGCACUCAACACCAGCGGCAUCUCGGGCAACCAGCAACUGUUUCCACCGGCCGGCACGUUCCCGCCUGCACCUCGACCGGUCGAUAGCUUCAGGAGCGGUGGCAUGGUGCCUCCCGCCAACAUUAUCCAGCAGCCUGUGUCCGCAGGGCAGAUCUUGGCUCAGAUAUCUCGGCACACCAGCCCGACCCAGGUCACCGGGACCAACUGGAGUUCAGGAACCCGACCUUCCUUCACAGCACAGCAGGUACCGCCACAGACAGCAAAGACUCAGUCUCCACCGUUUGGAAUGGGCAACUUUCAGACCACACCUGCCAACUUCAGCCCGCUGUCCUCGCAGAGCUCAACCUCCUCUCCUGCUGGAGCCGUCUACCCCAACAUAGCCAGCCGCACCUCCAAUUUCGCCACCGAGGUGGGACAGCCGCGAGGUCAGUUCCAAACACGGCCCGCGGACGCAGUUGGAGUGUGGCCCCAGUGGCAGGGUCCACACCAUGGACAGACCACAGCAGACCCUCACGUUCAGCCACAAUCCAACCAGUCUGAGGUCUUCCCGGAUAUGCUGUCCAUACUGGGAGAUCAGAGCGCGAGCUACAACAACGAGGAAUUCUCCGAGCUCAACAUGUUCCAGUCCUUCGCUGAGUAAAUAAGUCGCAGCAACAAGGGAUGAAACGCAUGGUUUUAUAAACCAGCGUCAACUUCGCUUUCCUGCCGUCGGUGGCUUUAAACUCUUCCUUCUCUGUCUGACAAACGUUCCAGAGAAGCGAGAAUAACGUUUGUGAUGAUGACAAUGAGAGAUUAAGCCACGAGGACGGCCGGCCGGUUACAGGGACACCGCAGAACUGCCUUUUUUUGUAAGAACGUGAAGAGUGGCCGCGGGAUGCCACCCUCCGGUCCUCACCAGCUUUAAACCCCACGUUUCACGCCUCCCAUCUUCUUUUUCUACGACACGCAGCGGUCUCGAUCGGGCUUUCAGAACGUUGUCCCAGGGAUGGGACAAUACAGCACUCAUGGAGUCGUAGAAUCAUAGCAUUUGUAGACUUUGCAGGUGAUCGAGCUUGCGGUUUCUGGCACAAACGUAUAAGCGAAACCGCCGGCAAUCAACCUGGGGUCUGACUAUCAGGGAUAACAUUUGCGUAAGAUAAUCAGUCAUAGCUGAUGCCUUUUUAUGAUGUCAGGAAGCAUUUUGCUUAACUUGUCGUUGACGGGUUCACAUAUUUAUCGGUUGAUGGCUCCGAGGUAUAGCACCAAUUCCAGGUCCUGAACUUGAAGGAUUUGUGUAGCUUGGAGUUCUUUGUGUAACCAUCUUGUC